CAACACAUCUAACAGAUAGCAUAACAGAAGCUUUUGUUUUGUUUUGUUACCCAUUGUAGUCGACAUAUCCUGGGUACUUUAUCACCCACAGGAGAGUUUCCAGUUUGCGAAGACAACCAUGGACGUCUCCUGAAGACAGCAUUUGUAUCUGUAAAAAAGAGAGAAGCGCCAACCCGAACAGAAACGUUACCGAAGUUAACGUUACAGACUAAGUAACGUUGGUCAGUCUGUCAUGGUAACACGAAAAUGAUGGGUCAGGCACUGUGGAGGCUGCCUCCCAGACAACAGCAGCAGCUUCAGGAAGAGCUUGCAGACCGACUGGCUGACCAAGGAGGAGGAGGAAGGUACCAAGGGAGAGAUGGUGGUCCCCAGAGAAGAGUUCCUCAGCAGUGUCAUGGCCCUGACAUCUACCAUCUGCUGAGAACACGCAUGGGAGGUAGGGAACAGCACGGUUUUAUAGAUUUGGAGAUGUUGCCACCCGAAUUAGGCAUCACCAUACUGUCGUACCUGAAUGCUACUGAUCUGUGCCUGGCGGGCUGUGUGUGGCAGGACCUGGGAAAUGACGAAUAUCUAUGGCAAGGGCUGUGUAAGUCCACAUGGGGACACUGCUCCAUCUACAACAGAAGACUACCUGCUGGUUUCUCAUACAGAAGACUAUAUCUCCAACUAGAUGAAGGCAGCCUGACAUUCAAUUCUAACUCACAGGAGGGUAUUGGGUAUUUCAUGUCUAAAGGUAUAAUAGUGGAUCAUCCGACAGAGCUGGCUAAAUUCAUCUUCUACACUAGACGGCUCAACUGGAAGAUGCUGAGGGUCUACCUGGAUGAAAGGCGGGAUGUCCUGGACGAGCUGGUGACCCUCCAUAACUUCAGUAACCAGUUUCUACCCAACGCUCUGCGGGAUUUCUUCAGACACAUCCAUGCACCAGAGGAGAGAGGAGAGUAUCUGGAAACCCUCAUCACCAAGUUCAGCCACAGGUUUUGUACCUGUAAUCCUGGCCUUGUGAGAGACCUGGGCCUCAGUCCUGAUGCGGUGUAUGUGCUAUGCUACAGUCUGAUCCUGCUGUCCAUCGACCUGACCAGCCCCCACGUCAAAAACAAAAUGUCCAAGAGGGAGUUUAUCAGGAACACUCGCCGAGCAGCACAUAAUGUCUCAGACGACUUUGUAGGCCACCUCUAUGACAACAUAUACCUGAUUGGCCACGUGGCUGCGUAGCUCCACCUGCCAGCAGACCAGUCGAAAUCCUCAUACUGCACUGAAGAAUAGGAACAGGUAAUUGGGUUCCUAUACAUGUCUGGAAAGUAUGAAACAUUAUGGAGAUUGAUUUUUUACAAUUUUCAUGACAACCAAUAAAUCUUCCUAGAAAGGUUCGACAAACAAAUACAGUUCACUGCACUGUGAGAAAGACUGUGCUACCUAAUAUUAGUAAUGUUCAUAGAUUUUAAUCAAAGGUGUGACACAUUUGAAAUGUCUUUAUUACCAAAGUCAGUGCAAAGAAGGAGGUUCUAAAGUGGCACCAUGGCUGCUUCUCAUGUUGCUUAAAUUGCCUCCUUGGCUCCUCCACUUGCCUCCCUUCCUUGCAUCUUUGUCCCUCCCACCAAGGAGGCACAUGAGAGACUUGAGGGAAUCAUGGAGGGGAGAGGACAUGGGCAAAGGUGUUUCAGAGGGAUGAGACGUCCUUUACCCUGAUCCAUCACAUGAAUUUGUUAGCCUUUUGGGGGGAGUUAGCAACUCCUUCAGCUGCACGGCUUCCGGGAUGGUGUCUCUUGUGGAUCCUCGCCUAUAGCUCCACGGUGACCCCUCCUUGAUGCUCGCUCCUCUUUAUGGAAAUAAGGACUUUGAGACGGCCUUCACGAAGAAGGGACAGAACAACUUCCGGUUCAGCCGAGGAGCAAGGAGCUAUCAAAUAAGCAACAUAAAAAGCGGCCUAUGUAAGAUAAGCUCUGAUAACUGCACUGACAGAUGAUAACUACUGAUUGGUGGAAGGAGGAGGCGAAGCACUGCCCCCAGCCUGUCACAGAUGCCGGGACAGACCUGCUGAUUUCCUAGAGGACAGUUGCUUUACGUUCACCAGUGGGACAAACACUGGGGUCGUUAUUACGAGGCGAACACAAGAUCAUUCACAGAUAUCAAUAGUUACAUUUACCAGCAACUAAUGACAAAGGUACAUGGGAGCUAUUCUGCUAAUCAGUUGACUUGAUACAUUGUCCAAAAUGUCCAAGUGUCAAGCUUUAACUAGAUCUGGUUCUCUGUGGCUCAUACUAGAUGUUUUUUGUUCUCCAUUUUAUCAGUAACAUGAACAAGACAACAACAUAUAUAUCCAUAAUCAACACCGCUAAAACUGCCAUAUAGGGCUACCUGUUCCACUCUGUUUGUUAGUGUGUGGUUUCAUUCACAAAAUGUUAGCAAAGAGUAAAAAAGAAGAAUUGCAUAGCGCAGAGGUUCAAAUUGUGCAGUCCCGAAUAUGUCGAUUAAAAAAAACUACCUCUCAGUAAAUUGGCAAGAAAUGAUGAUGAUCAUAUAAUGGACAGAAUAUUACAGUAAUAUAGCUUUUGUUUUGGUCUAGUUGUAGGCCUACAUUUUAUUUGAGUUGAUUUUGCUCUCAUAUUUAAACUCCAAAUUCAUACAGAUUAGGCAUUCAUUUAAUUAUUCUAUUCUAUUUCAUAUGUUUUUCCCCAGUGGAGAAAGUACAUGGCUGGGGUGAUGGGUUUUGGAGCACUUGGAAAUUUGUUCUGUACCAAAGAUAAAAUUCCAAGUAUAAGAACGUUGAUGAUAACAUGUACAGUUAAUGUAUGUAUAUGUAUGUUAAAAAGCGCAUACAUUUAAAUGGAUUGUUUUAGAAUGAAUCUGAAAGGCAACACAGGUUAAAAAAAGCAAAGAAGUUUUUUUUCAGUUUUACAACUAGCCACUUUACAUUUUCUGCAAUUUUGUCCAGAUUAUGAUUGAAACUGAAUGUAUCAAAACUGUUUCUGACUCACAUGACGUUAGGAAAAUGUAUAAUUUCAGUGCUUUUGAGGUGAAAUGAUUCUUGUGCAACAAAUAGAGCACAGUCGCUUCUAUUUUACGCUACUUUAUGAGGAUGUCAAAUAGUAUUUGGGAAGUCAUUGUUUUGUGAUAGACUCGGCUCUAAUUUCAUUAUCAAAGAAAUGGCUAAAGCCAAGAGUAGAGAAAGACAAUGUUAAGUGUAAAAAUGAAGGAUUUCCAUCAAGUCAUUCUACAAUGUUGGCUCUUGAAUUGUCACAGAAGAACAGUACCACUGGCAAGUCUGUGGACAACUGCAGUAAAUUGUAUGAGGUUCAUGAAGUUCUUGUGUUUAAAAAAAGUAAUACUGCUAUGAUUCACUUUUGCACAAUGCACACACAAUUAACACAGCUUCAGCUUUAGUUCCUUAAGUCAUAGGCUUCCAUUGUUAUUCAAAAACACCUGAAAAACAGACCAAAACAUGGGUAUUGCUUCCGUGAUACAAUGGCAUUAUCCAUCAAUUUAAAUUAGACGUGUAGUUUUAUAAUGACUGUAAAACACCACUGCCGCUCUAGUUUCAUUCUUCCAGAGAUGAAUGAGAAAAGAUUAGAAUGCAUCUAAAAAGUCAACAUCCAAGUGUCAUUUAGCCUUCCCUAACAGUGCAAGCAUGGAAAUAACGAGAAACUAUUAAUUGACACUAUAAUUAGCAGUGUGGUGAAGUAAUAGACCAUGAUGAUGGAUUACAUUUGUCAGUGCAGGAUGUUUGAAAUAGUGGAAGUCUGUUACAUCUGCAGGGCAACACUACAAUUGCGUCUGGAGAAAUGAAAGUGUGGUGUACACAUCAGGACAUAUUGAUAACUUCAGUGUAUUUUUCAGCUGUUGCAUUUUUACAGAUGAAUCAGUUUAACAAUGAUUCCCAUCAGACCUGAAUGCAGCAUGAUUGUCACUCUGUGCUAGUAGCUUUGAGACCCAGCAGCUAGCAUGUAGCCGCAGCUAACAGUGAGGUGUCACAGUGGUCUGAAUGUAACCGUAGGAACAUCUGGAGUGAAGCCGUUUAAAAAAUAAAAACAACCUUUUUAUAACUAAGGGUUUAUAUCAUAUCCUAGAUAUCUAGUUGCAAUACCAACCAACGUGUAUGUAUUUAUUUGAUUUGUUUUCUAUCCAAGUAAAUUCUGUUCUAAGAGUCUGUAAUGAGGAGCCGUUAGAUUGUACAUCUGACCAUGGCUGAACUCAGAACAUUAAUAGCAUUGAAGAUUGAUUAUUGCUGAUGAUGCACACUGAUAUAGUUCUAUAACUUAUAAUUGUUUAUUUUUAAAUUAUGAAGGAAAUCCACUUCCUGUUGUGUGUUUUUUUUUUUCUUUGUGGUUACUAGAACACUUUAUGACUGACAUAAUGUACAGAGAAAUUGUUCCAAAUAUCUGACUCAUUAAAUCUGGGCUUGAUUUUGCUGA